UCCGGAUAUUGGAAAUUAGGUUGUCUUCCAAUCAAGAUGGCUGACUCAGUCGUUUCACUUUUCGUUGGAACCGGUUUGAGCGAACAGAAAGCGAAAGAAACUUUAAAAAAUGAAUUAGUAACUCAAAAUUUAAAGAGUGCUAUAGAACAGGUUGGCAAUGUAUCUGAGGACUUGAAGACAGAUAAAGAUGUUGGUAAACUACUCUAUCAUGUAGCAACCAAAUUGAAAACACGUAAAUACCAGAGACAAAUUGUUGACUAUAUUGCAACAAAAAAGAUAACUUCCGAAAACCAGUUAAAUGCUGCUUUUGAUUACUUCAAACAUUUUCCAUUGGAGCCCAUUGAUUGGUCAGCGUUUGAGCAGGAAUGUGGUGUAGGUGUGGUUAUAACACCAGAUCAGGUGGAAGCUGCUGUAGAGGAUGUGAUAGGGAAACACAAGGCCGGGCUACAAGCUCAGAGAUACAAAUAUAACAUGGGCGUUAUAAUGGGUGAAGCUCGGAGCAAGUUGAAAUGGGCUGAUGGGAAGGCCAUCAAACAUGAAGUUGACAUGCAGGUGUUGGACUUACUUGGCCCAAAAACUGCAGAGGAUUUGGAGAAACCAGUGAAACAAAAGGCUGGCAAACCUCCCAAGGAUAAGGAGAAUAUAAAGAAGAAGGAACAGAUCAAAGAGUCACCUUCUGUUGAUAAUUUUCUAGGCCAGGAUGGAGAAGUGAAAAGUUUUACAGAGGUCAUGGGUGAAGCUCUGAAAUUUCACAAACCAGGUGAAAAUUACAAGACUGCUGGUUAUGUUAUCACAGACCAAACUAUGGAGUUGAUGAAGGAACAUUUAAAAGCAACUGGUGGUAAGGUGUACUCCAGAUUUCCUCCAGAACCAAAUGGUAUUUUACAUAUUGGUCAUGCUAAAGCUAUAAACUUUAACUUCGGAUAUGCUAGGGCAAAUGGAGGUAAAUGUUAUCUCAGAUAUGAUGAUACCAAUCCUGAAAAAGAGGAGGAAAAAUUCUUCACAGCAAUAAGAGAGAUGGUUGAAUGGCUUGGUUACAAACCAUGGAAGGUAACUCAUGCCUCUGACAAUUUUGACAAGCUUUAUGAGUAUGCUGUGAGGCUGAUCAUGCGUGGACAUGCCUAUGUGUGUCACAUGAGAUCAGAGGAUAUUAAAGGGUUCAAUCCCCCGGAUUCACCAUGGAGGGACCGGCCAAUGGAGGAAUCUCUUCAGUUAUUUGAGGACAUGAAGAAUGGAAAGAUUCAAGAAGGAGAUGCAACUUUAAGAAUGAAAACAACCCUAGAGGAAGGGAAAAAAGACCCAGUUGCAUACAGAAUCAAGUUUGCCCCUCAUCAUAGGACAGGUGACAAAUGGUGCAUAUAUCCGACAUAUGACUUCACACAUUGUUUAUGUGAUUCUAUAGAAAACAUAUCACACUCCUUGUGUACCAAAGAAUUUCAGUCCAGACGCUCCUCAUACUACUGGCUAUGUAAUGUAUUAGGUCUAUAUUGUCCUGUACAGUGGGAAUAUGGCAGGUUAAAUCUCAACUAUACGGUAGUAUCAAAACGAAAAAUUGGCAAGCUUAUCACAGAGGGAUGUGUACGUGAUUGGGAUGACCCUAGACUGUUCACUCUAACAGCAUUAAGAAGGAGAGGAUUUCCUCCAGAGGCGAUAAAUCUGUUCUGUGCCAAGGUUGGCGUGACCAUGGCUCAGACGGUAAUAGAUCCCAUCAUGCUGGAAGCUUGUGUAAGAGAUGUGCUCAACAUUAAGGCGCCAAGAUGUAUGGCAGUAUUAGAUCCUCUUAAAGUGACCAUUACCAACUUCCCAGCUGAUCACUCAGGGGAGAUAACUGUGCCAGAUUUUCCUGCCGAUGAAUCAAAAGGUUCACAUAAAAUACCAUUUGCUAAAACGUUAUAUAUAGAAAGAUCUGACUUUAGAGAAAAAACAGAUAAGAACUAUAAACGUUUUGCUGUAGAUCAGCCAGUAGGUUUAAGACAUUCAGGAUAUGUAAUAGAAGUGGAAUCUCUGAAAAAGGAUAACAGUGGCAAUAUAUCAGAGGUGCUGGUAAAAUGUUUAAAGUCUUCCGAGAAGAAACCAAAAGGUUUUAUACAAUGGGUUUGUAAUCCACAAGUUUGUGAAGUCCGACUCUAUGAUAGAUUGUUUUUCCAUAAAAGUCCAGAAGACCCAAGUGAAGUUCCUGGUGGGUUUUUAAAUGAUGUCAACAGAGACUCUCUGCAGGUUAUACCAAAUGCUUACGUAGAUAGUUCAGUGAAAGGUGCAAAGUUCCUGGACAAGUUCCAGUUUGAAAGAAUUGGUUUCUUUAGUGUAGAUUCUGACACAACACCAAGUAAGAUUGUGUUUAACAGAACAGUUACGCUGAAGGAAGAUAAGGAUAAAGACUAAACAUUUCCAAAUACACUAGAGAAAUAUCAUCCAUCUGUACCUUGUCCUAAUGUUUAUUUGCUGUAAUCAAGGAGAACAUUUCAAAGUUCUAAAGUGCUGUUAUAUUGAUAAAUUAUACCAUGAAAGAGUUUUAUGUUAACAACAUUUUUUGUUCUGAAGUGUUUAAAUUAUGACUCAAAUUAGUGUGCAAGUAAAAAAAAUCAGGAAAAAGAAAGAAUGUCUGAUUUGUUGUAUGUUACUUUAGUGACAAAAUAGGUUAAAUAAAAUGUAAUAAUACUGUAGCAUCUUUUUGAUAGGUUUGGAUGACAUGGUCUUGACAUUUAGUUCAUGAAGUAUUUUCUCUCAUAUCUUGUUAUAUGACCAGUUUCAGUUUGUCUUACAAUAAUUCUACUGAAUUUGUCAUUAUGUUUUAUCAUGGAAAACUAUAUAUACAUGAAUUACUUCCUGUAAUAUGAUUGUUUUAUAUUGAAAGAUUAACAAGAAACUAACUGAAGUAAAUUAAAUACAAGUAAGAUAAAUACAGUCAAACAGUAAAAGAUAAAUUAAGGAUCAAAAUUGGUCAGUCAGUUCCUAUAAUGUUGAGGUCAUCCUCAAGCACUGAAACUUGAAAGUUGUCAUACCAUUUAAAUAAUGCAUUGUGUGACUGGAAAUUUCCCGUUCACAUUUCCACUGUUAGCUAUUGAAUACUGUUAUAAAGUAUCUUUGAGUUCUAAUAAUUAACAAUGAUACAUAUGGCUCAGUAGAACUUUAACCCACAAACAAACACUGAUGAAAUAUCUUGCAAUAUGUUUUGGUAAAUAAUUAAAUUUGCUAUUUAUUGACUUUUUUUAUAUGUUUUAGAUGUGCUACUUCAGAUAUAUUUUGAAUACCUGCUAUUUAAUAAUAUUCUUUAAUUAACAGUUUUGUAUAAUACAAUAAAAUAAAUUAUUGAAGUUCAUAUGUGA